GGAAAGCAAAAGAGAAUAAAGAAAAGAAAACCAAGUAGGAAAGAAGGGAAAAUAGUUUGGAAAACAAAAAAGGGGAGCUCUCAGUGAACCGUAAUCCGUUGCCCGGAAUGGGAAACUUUGUGAGCAGGCAGAACGCGGCAGUGGAGGAGGCGGAUCCGAGUGCUAACCAUGCCUACAAAUAUCCACCUCGGAUGGGUAACUUCUUUGGGAGUCACUUUAUCAUGGGCGGUGAGAGAUUUGACACGCCCCAACCGGAGUCGUAUCUGUUUGGGGAGAAUGCGGAUCUGAAUUUCCUUGGGAACCGACCCACUGCCUUCCCCUACCCCCCGCCCCAGGCCAACGAACCAACGAAGACCUUGAAGAGCCUGGUGAACAUACGCAAGGAAUCCGUACGUUUCGUGCGCAUUCCCAACGACAAGAAGAUCAAUCUCCAGGAGAAGCCCAGGAGGAAGGAUGUAGAGAAGGAGAAGGAGAAAGAAAAGGAGAAGGAGAAGGAGAAAGAGAAGGAGAAGGAAAAGGAGAAGGAGAAGGAUAAGGACAAGACGAAUGUAACCAUCGAGGAUGUGGACGGAAAUGUUCUGUGCUCCAUGAACCUAAGUAGUGACAGCGAUUCGGCAGCACCACCGCCACCCAGCACCUACAAUAUUGAAUUCACCUUUGAUUCGGACGCCAAGUGCGCCAUCACCAUUUACUAUUUCUGCUCCGAGGAUGUCAGUCCAAGUGGUGUCACCCUUGUGCCCCGCGAGGGUCUCACCUCGGAGACGUAUCACUACGAGAAGGGGAUAAACCAGUGCUUCUCACAGCCGGGCCACAUCUUUAAUCCGCAGCAGAUGCCGGAGGAUGAGCUCGGCUAUAGCCCCGGAAGGGAACAAUAUCCGGUGGCCAUCCAUUGCGUCGUCGAGGAGGGCAGCGACGAGUGCAGGCAGUCGCACACCACCAUCUGUGUGAUUGACCAUCAUCCGGAGAGCGGCAGCUAUUCGCUGCGUGCCCUCAAGCAGAAGAUCUUCGUGGAUGGCUUGUGCUACCUGCUGCAGGAAAUCUACGGCAUCGAGAACAAGGCCGUGAACAAGAACUCGAUGGACGAGGAGAUUGACGACCACGGCAGCGAGUGCGUCAUCUGCAUGAGCGAGACCCGAGACACCCUGAUACUGCCCUGUCGGCAUCUCUGUCUGUGCAAUUCCUGUGCGGAUUCCCUCCGCUAUCAGGCCAACAACUGUCCCAUCUGCCGGGCUCCGUUCCGGGCUCUCCUUCAGAUCCGUGCGGUGCAGAAGGGCAUUAGUACGCACGUGUUGCACCAGAACACACCCACUUCGACAGGCGGGGAACCAGCUCCGGUGGAUGUGCCUCCUGGCUAUGUUCCCGUGUCGCUCAUCGAGGCCUUGAAUGGACCGCCACAAUAUGUGGCCAGAGCCAGGGCCAGUGAGCUAGACACUGUUGACUCGGCAACGGUGGCCGCCUCCACGAUGACCAGCAACGACAUCAAGGCGACCUCGCCCAUCAAAUCCAGCAGCCAGCGAAGGCCCAAAAUCAAGAAGAACGCCUCCACCUGCACCUCGACUAGUGAGGUGGGCACCAUUACCACUCAGUCUGGCGGAGGAGCCGGCAAUGGAUGCUCGGCUCUCUCCGUCGUGGAGAUCGAGAGCGAUCCCAAAAAGUCCACGGCCGGAACGUGCACGUCGCCCACUUUGGGAGCACCCACAUCGCCGGAAUCCAAACAGGAUAAGCUGCAGAUUGUCAACGAGCGAAAGUAUUCCAGGUCUCAGGCCGGAUCCGGAGGCGAUGGAUCCGCCGGCACCGACGACGAUGUGGACAGCGAGAACGAGAAGUUGUCGCCGCUGCUUUCGCCAGGAAGCAAGAGCAAGAACAUGUCCAGCAAGUCCUUGAAGCAAGUGGUCGCCUGCCUGGAUGCAGAUGAUGGCGAAAAAUGUGGAGCCGGCGAUGGCCUGGUGGAGGAAACCACUUCCAAGAAAGGCUCCUCGCUUAAGCGCAACAAACCCAGGCCGGAACUGAGUGGCGGAGGCGGUGGAGCUUCGUCCAACGAACCGACCGCAGAAGAUUCAGAUUAUUAUACGCCCGAGGACACUCAGAACUCCAUACUCAGUCCACUGUGCCCCGCAGAGCGGGCCAAGAGUGGCGAUCCGCUGGGUGCCGGACUAACUACCAGCGGCGGACUGGGCUCAGGCAGGAGCGCCGCAGUGGUGGGUGGAUCCUCCGGUACAGGUGGCACCGGAGUCGUUGUGGGCUUCAGCAGCGCCAUGAAGAAGAACCUGCACAAGAAGUCCACCUCUGUGGGCAACAUGUUGGGCUCCGGAUCCGGUUCUGUAGCCACCGUUGUGGAUCUUAAAUCCAACAAUGUUAGCUCUUUACCAGAUAUGUUGGACAGCCCGAUAAGUGGAAACUCGGCCUCCACCCGCAGCUCAAGCGACAGCUACUCCUCCAGCUCCUCCACCAAGCAGCUGCUCAGCUCCAAUCCGACCACCACGGCGGCCAACAUUAUCGUGGACGACAAGACGGCACUCCAGAACGCCGUCAACGUGUAAAUCCAGACGGUAGCCGUCUCGGUCUGCAUUGAAUUUCGUUUCGUUCGUCGUCGGUAUUUUUUUUUCUAUCGUUUUAUCGUUUUAGCCUUGCGUGUACUCUAUUUAUUCGUAGUUUUCGUAGCUUUAGUUAAAUCAAUGCUGCUUCCCCGCCCGCAGGAACAAAUACAUGUUCGUUUAAGACGUUAUAAGGAUUAGGAUCCGGAUCAGGAGGAGGAGUAGGCGACAUAACAGGACAUAACACUUAACCAGUAUAUAUACACACACUGAAACAGAUCCAGACACAGAUACAGACACACACACGUCUCGCAUGCAUGUGUACGUAGUUUAAUAUAGCAUAAUGGCUUGGGUAUAUAACGAAUAAAAUAAAUCAAUUAAACAAUUGCGCUUAUGGCGUAGCAUUCCAAAAUAAAUAUAACCCAAAAAUAAAAUGGC